AUGCUCGCUAACAAUGGAAUUCGAUUUACCGACUUUCAUACGGCCUCGGCAUGUUCCCCUACUCGAUCGAUGCUGUUGAGUGGCACAGAUAAUCACAUUGCUGGUCUUGGUCAAAUGGCCGAGUUAAUGCUGGUUCACCCGGAUAUUUGGAAAGGAAAAGUUGGAUAUGAAGGUUAUCUCAACUAUCUGGUUGCUGCUCUGCCAGAAAUUUUGCAAGAUGCGGGCUAUUUUACCACAAUGAGUGGCAAAUGGCAUCUGGGCAUGGCACCUGAUCAAAUUCCGGCGAAACGGGGUUUCGAUGAUAGCUUCUCCUUGCUACCUGGUGCCGGUAAUCAUUAUGCCUACGAAAUCUCUGUCCCAUUUCUUCCACCAGUCUAUGUGCGCAACUUCACAUAUAUUAAUUAUACAACUCUGAAAGAUUUCUAUUCGUCCGAUUAUUUUGCUACCGAACUCAUCGAAAGUUUGAAAUCCAAUGCUAUGAAGAGCAAGAAGCCAUUUUUCGCUUACCUUCCUUUCACUGCUCCUCACUGGCCUCUUCAGGCACCUGCUGAUCUCAUCGUCAAAUACAAAGGAGUUUAUGACAAUGGCCCAUCUGUCCUGCGCAAAACUCGACUCGAAACCCAACGGAAACUUGGUCUUCUGUCAUCCGACAUUGUUUCGCCACCUGGUAACAUGAACGAAGAAGAAUGGAAUAAACUCACGGCUGAUGAGCAGGCUUUUAGUGCCAAAACAAUGGAAAUCUACGCUGCCAUGAUAGAACGCCUUGAUUCUGCUGUCGGACGUGUCGUAGAUUAUCUUAGAGAAACAGAGCAAUUAGAGAAUACAUUCAUCUUGUUUAUGUCGGACAAUGGAGCAGAGGGUGUCACUCUGGAAGGCAUUCCGAUCUCAUCAUCCUCACAACCCGGUCAAUACUUCAACAAUAGCUAUGCAAAUAUUGGUAAUAAGGACUCGUUCAUCGUGUACGGACCACAAUGGGCUCAAGCAGCAACUGCUCCUAGUAGGAAAGUCAAAGGCUAUAUAACCGAAGGUGGUAUUCGAUGUCCAGCAAUCGUUCAUUAUCCCAAAUUGCACUCGCCUUUAAGCAUUAGCCAUGAAUUCACGACCGUUAUGGACAUUCUACCUACUAUCCUCGAGCUUGCGAAUAUUUCUCAUCCGGGCACAACGUUUCGUAACCGUACCGUUGUUAUACCGCGAGGAAAAUCAUGGGUUCCAUAUCUACUUAACCCUGAUGAACACAUGCAUAUCCAUAGCGAGUACGAAUUCACAGGGUGGGAACUGUUUGGACAACGUGCUAUUCGUCGUGGAAACUACAAAGCCGUUUUGGUGCCAAACGAAGGGAAAACGGCGAAAUGGGAAUUAUAUGAUUUGUCUCGAGAUAAGGGAGAGUUAAACAAUUUGGCUGACGAACAAGAGGAUGUACUGAAGGAGCUUAUUGAAGCAUGGUUCGCGUAUGAAGCUGAGACAGGUGUCAUUGUUGCUGAAGAUGGCUGGGCAAUUCGGUAUUCUUCCGAUCUUGUCUCAUUUAAGUCCAUACAAAAUAUUGUUUCUCAUUUACCGAAUCAUCUGCCUCAUGACGAGAUUUAG